GAGGAACGAUAGUUUCUUCUUGCCUACCUCCAGUAACAUGGAGACCUUGAUGUUCGUCUUGGUUGGUCUCAUCGCUUCUCAAUUCGGGGUGAUGGGGAAAACCCUUGUGUUCUCGUCAGAUCAAAGAGAGUCAGUUCCUGAUGAUGACACGUGUGGUUAUGAGAGCUGUAAUCCAGUGAAAGAAGGGAUGAUCAACGUCCAUGUUGUCCCUCACACUCAUGAUGACGUCGGCUGGAUCAUGACCGUGGACCAAUACUACUACCAGCGUGUACAAUAUAUUCUGGAUACGGUCAUUCCUCAAAUACAAAUGGACCCGACCAGGAGGUUUAUCUAUGUGGAGAUUGCCUUCUUUAAACGAUGGUGGGAUGAACAGGACGAUACCAUAAGACACAUCGUGAAAGGUCUGGUCAAUCAAGGUCGAUUGGAGUUUAUUCUGGGAGCUUGGUCGAUGAAUGAUGAGGCGUCCACUCACUAUAACGCCAUCAUUGACCAGCACACCUUGGGCUUCCGCUUUCUCCGGGAGACGUUUGGGGAGUGUGCUCGACCCAGGGUGGCCUGGCAGAUUGACCCUUUUGGCCACUCUCGAGAACAAGCCUCUCUCUUUGCUCAGAUGGGAUAUGACGGUUUAUUUUUCGGCCGCCUUGACUACCAGGAUAAAGAUUACCGAGUCAACGCGUCGACAAUGGAAAUGGUUUGGGAAGGGAGCGAUGACUUAGGAAUUUCUUCUUCUCUAUUCACGGGAGCUUUGUAUGAUGGCUAUGGACCCCCACCUGGCAUCUGCUUUGCGUACGACUGUAGCGACCCCGUUAUGGAUGACGAGUCUCUACAUGACUACAAUGUUCCGCAGAAAGUUAACCAAUUCCUCAAAGACGUGGCUGAUCAGGCCAAGCAUUACGCUACCGAUCAUCUGAUUAUGACGAUGGGCAGUGAUUUCCAGUACACGGACGCUUUGACCUGGUACAAGAACCUGGACAAGAUUAUCAAAUAUGUCAACCAACAGCAAACUCUGAACAAUACCAAAGUGAAUCUACUUUACUCCACUCCAUCCUGUUAUCUGAAACAACUAAACCUGGCAAACAAAACAUGGACAACCAAAAGUGAUGACUUCUUCCCGUACGCUCACCGAGCUCAUAGCUUCUGGACAGGCUACUUUACUAGCAGAGCUGCUCUCAAGGGAUACGUCAGACGAACUAACAAUUUCCUACAGGUGUGUAAACAAAUGGAUGCCCUGGCACAACUUGACGAUUCUCAGCAUAGUUCUGUCAGCGUGGAAGUUCUCAAGGAGGCGAUGGGCGUGGCCCAGCAUCAUGAUGGAGUCUCAGGAACUGAGAAGCAGGUGGUUGCCUAUGAUUACGCUGAAAGAUUGGCAAACGGAGUGAACGAAUGUAGGAAAACCAUUAAUGACGCUUACAAGAAGUUAAUAAGUAAGUCCGGGACGGAUGUACCCUUCGAUCAGCACUACUGUGGGCUUUUGAAUAUCAGUAUGUGUGACGUCACAGAGAAUAAUAAACAGUUUGUGAUGUUGGCUUACAAUCCUCUGGGACGUCAUGUAACCCGCUGGGUGCGCCUGCCCGUGGUGGCAGGAACGUAUAAUGUGACAGAUUCAGACGGAAUGUCUGUAGCCACACAGCUACUGCCAGUCAGCGCCAGGACCAUGUCCAUUCCAGAACGGAAGAGUAAGGCCACCCUUGAGCUGGUAUUCAGCGUUACGAUACCGGCAUUAGGAUUUGCCUCGUACUUUGUUCAGAUGACUGGCGAUGUUCCCGACCAGAAUCUAAGUGAAUUCCGCGAGCUGGACAUCACAGGUGCCGAUACAGUUCUAAAGAACAAGCAUAUCUCUCUCACAUUUGAUGACGCUGGACACCUAUCAGCUAUGGAAAACCUUGACAGUCAAGUAUCGGUAGAAUUAAAACAAGAAUUCGCCUACUACACGGGAUUUAUAGGCAACAACAGCAAACCGGAGUUCCAGGCCUCCGGGGCUUACAUCUUCAGACCCAACGAAAUGGAGCCGCACACGUUUAACAGUGGUACAUCAGUGAAACAUACCAGGAUCGCACAGGGUCCUCUUGUACAGGAGGUGGAGCAGAGGUUCAGCCCGUGGGUCAGUCAGGUGAUCAGGCUCUACGAGGACGCCGAAUAUGCUGAGCUGGAGUGGACAGUUGGACCCAUCCCCAUCGACGACAAAGUCGGGAAGGAGGUUGUGAAUCGGAUUCAGACAGACAUGAUGACUGACAGAACAUUUUACACAGACGCCAAUGGCCGACAAAUCCUGAAGAGAAUGAGAGAAGUUUCGCUUCGCUUCGAGGGGUUUACUGUUCUGUGA